ACAUCCACGGCCACGCCGCCUGCUUCAGCCCCGGCCCCCCCCCACCACGGUGCGGGGUGAUCCCGGCAGCGACAUGGCGGGCGGCAAGGGGGCGGCCCCGCGGAGACCGCUGACCCUGUCUGAGGUGGAGCCCGGCAGCGAGAGCGAGCGGCUGGGGGUGGCCCGGGACAGCAUGUUGUGCAACCCGCUCAUCAUCAAGGCGGAACUGGGGAAGCCCCAGAGAAACUGCUACACCCUGCCAGGCAUUGAUUUUGCAUAUGGGUUGUACACCAAGAGGACAGAUGGAGGAGUCCCUGAAGCAAUAGGCCACUGGAACACCGUAAAGCCCAGGACUCAUUUAGUUCGGGAGAUGCCCCGAGACUACAUUGCCAUGAACCGCGGUGCACUGAAGGCCGGUUAUACCACAGCCCGUGAAUAUAAUUUGUACUACAAGGCAAAGGACAUUCGGUGCAAGGAUGUUGAAAACAGUCGCUUCAAUAAGUGUCCUCCUGAACUACCUGCAGACAUGACUUAUGGCAUCAAAACACAGUCUUGCACUCCCUUUUUUGACCUCCUCCACCACAGAUACCAGCAGCUGUGGAUGGAGCAGCAGAGAGCCCUGACAACAGCGGAGCGAAUGGAAAAGAAAAAGAAAGUGCGUGAAACUCGCACCACAUUCCUGCGAAAAAACCCACUGCCUCCAAAGGAGGAGUCCUUCUGGCACCUGCCCAGCUUGGAGAAGGUCAAGCCUCACCUCAGUACUCUUCCAGACCAUCAGGCUCGUCAAAAGGCAUUCAGUGCCACCCAUUGAGGGGUGUCUGUGGGACACGGGCCCCAAAAGAGCCACACAGAACUGUGCUGGGCAUCACAGCCCUUGGACCCUGUGACCGCCAUAGGCAAUAGGCUUUCUGUCUUUGAAAGUGUGCUAAUGUAGAUAUAGCCAAAUAAAUCAUAUAUUUGAAAG